AUGUUUGCAUUUUUGCGAAUUUUAUUACUUUGUGUGCAUUUGUUGCAUUUUAAAACGACAUUAGCUGAGGAUGUGCCAUCGAUAAGAACAUUAACAACAACAUUAUCGGAUCCACUUCUAAAAACAAAGGCUCUGGAAUCCCAGGCCGCGCCCAAUGUCACAGUAGAACAAGCCUUUGAUGUUCCCGCGGAUGCGUAUUUAUCGCCAAGCAAUGCCCGGACGCAGCGACAACUUUUAUUUGAUCCGAGCUUGUUUUUACUGCAGGCCGGUCUGGCUGGCGGCGGAGCCUGGGAGGGCUCCAGGUGUCUGACCGCAAGGGGCCAGCCUGGCCUAUGCGUUCGCAUCAACAGUUGCCCGCAGUAUUUUCGCGUUGGGCGGCAGUUGUCUUUCAUAGCAGUUCGUCAAUGGCAGCCGCCAGGCUCGUUGGGGCUUGGAUCCGAUAUAUGUAAUUUUUAUGAUCAGCUGGGGCGCAUUAAUAACGGCAUCUGUUGCUCGAACAUGGAUACAAACACGCUUGGAAUCUUUCCGAUAUCGAUACCGACAACAACAUCAAAGACGACCACAACAACAACAACGGAGAAACCAUUGACAGUUGCCGAUGAGGUUAACGAGGCUGAAGGAGAGGAGGAGCCUGCAAAUGGGCAGCCAGAUCAGACCCUUGAUAAUGCAGAGCAUGAUACAGAUCCUAUAGACAAUGUUAACAGCGUGGAGGACACGCCCGACUUUCAGGAUAUGAACACCAUUGAGGCCAAUGCACCCGAGUCGCAACCGGCGCAACCAGCCCCAGCCCCGUCGCCGACACCACCCACUACCGCCAUUUAUCCGUAUCAAUGGCCUUUUGGCACAUUUGCUGGAGGCCUGCCACAGUGGCCGCCACCAAUACCGACGCAUCCGCCCACCGUUGGCGGCUGGCCACCUCCGAUACCGACUCAUCCUCCGAGUCAUCAGUAUCCAACACAUCCGACCACGCGACCUUAUCCCUCUACGCCAAGUUCGGUGCUGACCACACGGCGCACCACACCACGUCCAGGGAGCAGACCUCCAACCACCACCAGACGUCCCAGCCACCCGGUGGCAUCAACGACACCAUCCACGACAACGCGUCGGCCGAGCAGCGGAUUUAGUCCAGAGGGCCUGCCACUGCAGUGCGGUCACAGGAACCCAGUUUCACCCGAUCAGGAGCGCAUUGUGGGCGGCAAUAACGCCAGUCCGUAUGAGUUCCCUUGGAUUGCGGUUCUCUUUAAGUCCGGAAAACAGUUUUGUGGGGGCAGCUUGAUCACCAACAAUCACAUUCUCACAGCAGCCCAUUGCGUCGCAAGAAUGACCUCAUGGGAUGUGGCCGCCCUGACUGCCCAUUUGGGCGACUACAAUAUACGCACGGACUUCGAGGUGCAGCACGUCUCACGACGCAUCAAGCGCCUCGUGCGGCACAAGGGCUUCGAGUUCAGCACGCUGCACAAUGAUAUUGCUAUUUUAACGUUGAGCGAGCCGGUGCCGUUCAGCACCGAGAUCCAGCCGAUUUGUCUGCCCACCUCGCCGGCUCAACAGUCGCGCUCCUACAGCGGGCAGGUGGCCACCGUCGCCGGCUGGGGCAGUCUGCGCGAGAACGGACCGCAGCCAUCGAUUCUACAAAAGGUGGACAUACCAAUCUGGGCGAAUGCAGAGUGUGCACAGAAAUAUGGACGUGCUGCGCCCGGUGGCAUCAUUGAGUCCAUGAUCUGUGCUGGCCAGGCUGCCAAGGAUUCGUGCAGCGGCGACUCUGGUGGCCCGAUGAUCGUCAAUGAAGGCAGUCGCUACACCCAGGUGGGCAUUGUCUCGUGGGGCAUUGGCUGCGGCAAGGGACAGUAUCCUGGAGUCUACACACGAGUCACCUCGUUGCUGCCAUGGAUCUACAAGAACAUCAAAUGA